AAAUAGAAGUGGCUUGCGCGAUGCACCAGUUGUAUCGAGUAUUUAUUGUUAUAGCUAUACACGCAUAAAACUCAUAUCGCAUCUGCUUUGAAAUUCCAAUCACAUCAUAAUUCAGUAAAUAAACAUCAACAAUUACUGCUUGGUUUCGGAAACGUCAAACAUAUGACAGCAGGACCAGUGUAAUUUCAAGGGGUUAAGAACCGCAUUAUUUUACCAAAGAUAUUCUGCGUUGUAAACGUAGUUGCCGAUUUCAGCUAGUCAUUAGUUUUCUAUAGCUUUCACAAUCCUAUUUCACCUUUGAAAUGGAAAUACUGGAAUUGAAAGAUAGUAAAACAGUGCCGGACAUAGUAUAUGAAUAUUCAGCAAAAGUGAGAAACGAGUCGACACCACUGAUCAUCGACAAUGGAUCAUACAACUGCAGAGUUGGUUGGGCAAUGGAAAAAGAGCCACAGUUGAUAUUCAAAAAUUUGAUAGCCAAACCUCGUAAAGAACGUGGCAAAAAAGAUGGAGAGCUACAAGUGGGGAAUGACAUAGCCAAUAUUGAAGCUGUUAGAUUUCAAUUGAAAACCCAAUUUGAUCGAAAUAUAGUAACACAUUUUGAGGCACAAGAGCAAAUAUUUGACUACACAUUCACUCACAUGGGAAUUGAUACUGAUGGAGCUGUAAAUCAUCCAAUUGUCCUUACUGAAGCUUUCCUCAAUCCAAAUUACUCAAGAAAUUUGAUGGCAGAGCUAUUAUUUGAAUGCUAUAGCGUACCAGCCAUAUCGUACGGAGUAGAUUGCCUUUUUUCUUAUCAUCAUAAUAACUGCCCACCGAAUGGUCUCAUCGUUAAUAUAGGAUAUCAUACGUCACACAUUAUUCCUGUACUCGAUGGAUUGGUGGAUCCUGCUAAUUCAAGGAGAAUUAACAUUGGUGGUUAUCACAUUAUAUCAUACAUGCAUCGAUUACUCCAGCUCAAGUAUCCAGUACAUGUUAACGCAAUAACACCAAGUAGGGCUGAAGAGCUGAUUCGUGAUCACUCUGUUGUCGCUCUGGAAUAUCAAGAAGAAAUAUCGAAAUGGUCAGAUCCGGAUUAUUAUGACAUGAAUGUACUUCGUGUACAACUCCCAUAUGUUGCUCCUGUUAGUACCCCUGGACUAACUGUGGAGCAACAAAAAGAGAGGAAGCGAGAACUUGCUCGACGACUGAUGGAGAUUAAUGCUCGGAAACGAGAAGAAAGGUUAGCCGAAGAUGAAGAACAGCUCAAUCAAUUAUUAGCUGUUCAAGAUUUGCUUGAAGAAGGAGAGACAGAUGAAUUUGAACAGGCAUUAAAAUCUUACUCGCUUGCAAAUGAAGCUGACUUGGUGAAAAUGAUCAACAACUUACAAGCUAAAGUCGAACGAACGAGGCAAAAGAUAGUAGCGGCCAACUCUCAAGAGGAAAAUAUUGUGAUCGAAGAACCGAAGCCCAAAAUGAAAUCUAUUCUUCAACCCAAAGAUCAACAAGAUUUUGAUGAAUGGAUCACAGGUGUUAGAAAGAAAAGACAAGACAUAUUAGACAAGCGACUUGCCAAACGACAACGAAGGCAAGACAUGGCAAAACGUAGGACUGCAGCAGCUCAAGAAAGGAUGAGAAUUAUCAGUCAGUUAGCGAGGAAAGAAAAGCGUGAUGACGAUUUUGGCAUGAGGGAUGAAGAUUGGGAUGUAUACAAAGUUAUUAAUCGAGAAGGAGGUGACUCUGACUCAGAACUAGAGCAAGAAAGAUUGAUUGAACUAGAAGAUGUCCUGAGGUAUCACGAUCCAGAAUUUGAUGGUACUGGGGCCACGAUUCCCCUAGUGCCCGGUGAAACACAUCAGCUUCAUGUUGGGGUAGAGAGAUUACGAGCUCCGGAAUUAUUGUUUCAACCAUCCAUGAUUGGAUCCAUUGAGGCUGGUAUUGCUGAAACAAUCGAGUUUGUUUUAAAAAAUUAUUCACCAGACAAGCAAAUGCUCUUAGUUGCCAAUAUAUUCCUGACCGGAGGAUCAGCAGCAUUUCCGGGACUUCUUGAAAGAUUGAAAAGGGAAUUAAGGGAGGUACGGCCAUUUCAAUCUAGUUUUCAAGUGAACAUUGCCAAAAAUACCAGCCUAGAUGCGUGGUACGGCGCAAGAGAUUUUGCAUUGAACGGUAAUCUCUCAGAAUAUUUAGUAAGCCGCAAAGAGUAUGAUGAAAAAGGAGGUGAGUACUUGAAAGAACACUCAGCAAGUAAUACAUAUACUCAAUCGCCGGAGCCCCUUCCAAUACCGAUACCGACAAUUACCGAACAGAUUGUAGUAGAAGAAGCUAUAGUUGAUGUCGAAAUGGAGUGAGGGAGUAGAUUCACGAUCACUUCGUACACAUUAAUCAUACUUUUGUAAUCGUUAAACUUUGAAAAUCUGUGGCUUUGCAAUAACAUUGAGCAAAAGUUAUUAAUUAUGCAUGACUGCGUAUAGGAAUUUUAAAUUCAGCAAUAUUCUUUUAUCACUUGUUUUGUUAAUAUCCUACAGGUUUGAUGUAUUACACAACAUUUAAAUAGCCAUCAAACUCUUGUGACAAUAAAUAGCUUAAAAAUCA